UUGGUCGCGUUGCAUGCUGGGAGGAAUGGACUAAGUGGGCGGUGGGGGCUGGGUCGGACCGAGGAGGGUUCUGUUGCUUCGGGCUUUGACAUGGAGUCCCCCUGAGGGCGGCCGCCCCGGGAGGCCCCAGAUAACACCCGCCUGGUCCCUGUGCGGAGCUACCCUCCGCCCGGCCAUGCCAGGCCCAGCCGCCCCUGCAGGAGGCCGGAGAUUUCUGUCCCCACCAAAAGGGUGAGGGGAACCUUCUGAAUUUCACUCUGCUCCCACAGAUGAGUUAAGGUUGCUGCAACACUGAGGUAGUGUAGUGAUGGAACCCACUUCUCAGCCCUUUGCUGCUUCUCUGCCAAUCAGAUGGACCACUGAAUUGUAUAAGUUUGAGUCCAGUGGUUAAUUGGGCCAAGAGAGGGAUGGCAGCCCUCGGAUCACUCAGGCUUGAUCUACAUUACAGAGUUAGGUCAACGUAAGGCAGCUUAUGUCAACCUACUUAUGUCAGUGUACACACUACAGCCUUCCUCCCACCGAUAUAUAAAUUAACCUUCUUCUAAAAGGAAUUAAACAAUGGAACCAGACAUAAUUCGGAUGUACUCUUCUUCCCCUCCACCACUUGACAAUGGCGCUGAUGAUGAUGAUGAUGAAUUUGGGGAAUUUGGUGGAUUCUCUGGUGUUGGCACUUCUGGCGUAGGUUUUGCUGAUUUUGAUGCACCAGACUACUGUAAUUCAAAGGAGGAAUUUAUACCCACAAACCAUUUUAUGCCAAUUCAUGAUUACUCUGACAAUGGAGAUAGCCUUGCAACUUUUAACUCUGUUAAAAAUGGUAAAGUUAAAGACUGCACUGCAGAACUUCCUAAACCCGCUAAAGAACUCUCUGAUAUAUCAACUAAUACCAGCAAAGAAAAAUGUAAAUCUAGAACUUCAGGUACUUCCUUUGAUGUAAAUCUGGAAGAUGUAAAGAGAAUAGGGGAACAAAAAGAGAACAUUGGGAAAGCAGAGGGUUUCUCCUCUGAAGGCAUUAGAACUGAUAUGAAAGUUACAGGCCAGGACCAGCAAAUAGACACUUGUAAUGGUGAGAAACUCCCAUGUCUAGAGAUUCUAACAAAUGGUUUUGCAGCACUGGAUUCUGUAAAUCCUCAGGGAAUAGAAGAUCUGGACAGCGUCAGUGACUCAAAGGGACGAAAAACUACUAGCACUCAUAGCACUGAGUUAAGUUUAGACUCUUUGCCUAGCCCAGCUGAGGAUUUUGCAGAUUUUGCUGCAUUCUCAAACAAUGAAACAAUCCAUUUAGAAGAACCAGGACAUAAAAUAUGCAAAGUUUUUAAUGAAAGAGAAGCACUGAAUGUACAGGAAAACCAUAUAAUAAAUAGAGUGGCUCAACAAAGUAUUACGAAGGAAGUGUCUUCAGAUAGAAGCUAUGAAUAUGAAGGAGAGAUUUACACUGAAGAUGAGCAGGCUUGCAUUUCAGAAACCAGUUUAGUAGAUGAUGAAGUUGGUAGUAAUUGUGAGCAAGACCCUACAGCACUGGAACAUAAUGACUUCAUCAUUUGUAGCACACCUCAAACAACUGAAAUUUCAAUGGGCACUACUGAAAAUGCAGAAAACACUGGAAGGCGAAAAUAUUGUGACAUUGGGAACAGCAAAGAACUUGAUUUUUCUAGGGCUAAUGAUUCUUCAGAAACAGAAAGUAUCAACUUUACUAAAAUUCAAAACCCCACCAGUGAUCCUGCAGAAGAAACUGAUUUGGGUGAUUCUGAAGAUGUAAAGAAUGGUGAAAGUAGCAUUGAAUUUCUGUCUUGUAGUGAUACAAAUGAAAAUGAUUUUUGCACAGUCAGUGGUGCAUCUCCCGCUUUUAUUAGCGAUACUCAAGAGUCAGUGAAUGAUUUAAGUUUAGAAGAAUCUUCUGAACAAUCUGCACACUUCAGUGAGCCAAGUGGUGAAUUUGGUGAUUUUAGGGAUAUAAGUAUUGUGUUAACUGUUGACAAACAAAGGUUAGGUCACUCUGAACUAAAUCAGACAUUAGAAUAUAGAGCUACCAAUAUGCUUUCUGACUUGGAAGUCCCACCUCUUGCUGAGUUGGAAAAUGGAGAGAAUAGUGAAUUUGGAGAGUUUGAUUCAGUGCCAAAACCUCAAGAUGAGUGCAGUGCUAUUCAGGACUCUGAUGACUUUGCAGACUUUAGUUCAGCUGGGUGUAACGAAGCUGCAGAAUGGAAUGCUUUUGAAGAUGAACAGAAAGAAAGCUGUUGUUGGGCUGCUUUUGGAGAUGAACAAGCUGCUGAAUCUCAUUAUAGAAAAGAGACAUGGCAGUCACAUAGGACAGAUCCAUCUCUUAGUAUUGGCAGCCCAGUGAUCCAUCAGACUGACGGUGUUGCUUUGGCAUCUUUAGAGGGAGCUGUCAGUCGGCAAGAAUCAGCACCUUCAAUUCAGACAACGUUGCUAAGCCGUUUGGAGCGAAUGUUUGAAGUUUGCUUUCCUUCCAUACCUGUUCUUGAAACAGAAGAAGAGAUAAUUUCCUUGAGCCUUUUUCUGGAAGCAAGCAACAAACAGAUGAGAACAGGGGAGACUUUGGCAAACAGUGGGGAACUUAUGGAAGUGUGGACAGAGCUGCAGGAUAUCCAUGAUUCGUAUGGAUUGAGAUAUCAGUGGGGUGGCUCCCACAGCAACAAAAAGCUUUUAUGCUCCUUGGGAAUCGACACAAGAAAUAUUCUCUUUACAGGCAACAAGAAGCAGCCUGUUAUUGUACCCAUGUAUGCAGCAGGACUGGGUAUGUUAGAGCCUACCAAGGAACCUCUGAAACCAAUAUCUGCUGCAGAAAAAAUAGCUUCCAUAGGACAGACUACCCCUGUAUCACCAGAGAUGAGCACAUGUACAUCUGAUCAGUUCCAGGAAUCUCUACCACCUGUCCAGUUUGACUGGAGUAGCAGUGGCCUUACUAACCCUUUAGAUGCUAGUGGAGGUUCCACUCUUCUGAACCUUGAUUUCUUUGGGCCCGUGGAUGACAGUAGCUCUAGCAGCACGACCACAAUGCCAGGUGUGGAUCCAGAGUUGUAUGAGUUGACAACUUCAAAACUGGAAACCUCCAAUGCAAGCAGCAAAGUGACCGAUGCAUUCGCAAGGCUCAUGUCCACAGUAGAGAAGGCAAGCACAUCUACAAGGAAGCCUAAAAAGGAAGAACAUCUUAGUGAAGAGGCUGCCAAGGUGAUUUCUAGCCUUCCUGACUUAACUUUCAUGCAUGCCAAGGUGUUGAUGUUCCCAGCCACAUUAACACCUUCAACACGCUGCCAAGAAAAGGUAGACUAAGUGAUGUGAAUUGGACACUUUCUAUUGAUUUUUUUUUUUUCCCCUCUGGGUCAUAAAAAGCAAUCUUGCUUUAAUUAAAAACUUCAAGUUCAGAUGAUUUGUUGGUAAGCAGCACUAGAAAGGUAUACAUAGUAAUGUAUAUUUAUUUACAUACUGGAAUCUAAAUUUAUAUUAGAAAAAAGUGUAAAUAAUUGGGGGUGAAUCUUUUUGAAGAUUUAUUCUUUUUGUUGUGCUGGGAUGUAUACAUUUCUGUCUUUGUGAAAUACACUGGUGUCCUUCUUACAAAACUUUAAAAAUUUAAAAAAAAAAAAAAAUCCAAUCUUCACUCUCUGUGAAAUCCCCUUUCAGUGUUUUCAGAUUGUAUCAAGUGUCUUACUUCUUUUCUGCAUACAUUAAAAUAUUUCAUUUUAACUGAAAAAGUCUAAAAGGUCACAUGGUUUUUUGUUUGGGGUUUUUUUGUGGGGGUUUUUCAACUGUUUCUUUAAAACAGGCAGUUCCUUCUGUUUGAUCAACCUGAAUUUUUUUAUUUGUUUUUUUCUCUCUUCAAACUUUAACAAUAUGGCUAAGACACUAUAUAGCCUUUUGAAAGGUAUAAUGUCAGUACCUUUUUGUGUUAAAUUAUGGAUCGCUGUCUACAUUUAAUCAGUUUGAUUUGGAAAAGAAGGACCAAAACUAUGAAUGUCUUACAAUGAGAUUUCCCUGUUACGGUUUUUGUUUCUUGUACCACUAUUCCUAUGUUUGAUUUUGCACAGUGUAAAAUGACAUAAUCAUAGAUUGCUAUGGUUUAGGCUGUAUAUACAGUAAAAACUAUGGGUUGUAAAUGUUGGGGAAAUUCCUAUGGAAAAAUAAAGCUAUGUAGAAGAACCUCUAACAAGGUUAAUGUGCAUGCCCAAGGUCUUUUGAAAUUUAAGUGUGUAAAUUUCCUUUUAGCUUACACAAAAUAAAAUAAUUUAAAAGA